AUGAAGUUCUCCAGCGCCGUUGUCGUGGCUGCCGCCACUGCCUCCUACGCCCAGAUCGAUGUCAUCCAGGGUGUUCUCUCUUCCGUUUCGUCCGGAAUUGACCAGCUUAACUCUGCUGCCAAUGGGUUCAACGGCAACGUUGAUGCCGUCAAGACCAAGGCUGACGCUCUCGUCUCUGCCAUUAAGUCGGGCAAGACCAAGGUCGAUGGCUCCAAGGAACUGUCCCUCAACGAAGCACUUCAGUUGACCGACCCCGUUCAUUCCUUGACCAAGAAGGGCCAGUCUCUUGCGGACAACUUCAAGUCCAAGAUUCCUCAAGUCGAGAAGGCCGGUGCUUGCGGCACCGUCCGUGCCGAACUCAAAGACAUCAACGACAACUCCCAGACUCUCAUCAAGUCUGUUGUCAGCAAGGUCCCCAAGGAUGCCCAGAGCAUUGCCCAGAACCUCGCCAGCGGCCUGACCAAGGUCCUCACCCAGGCUCAGGAGGACUUCUCCGAGGCCAACUGCAAGAACUCGGGCGGCUCCGGCAGCUCGAGCCAGAGCGGCGGCGCUUCUCAGACCUCUGCCCCCGCCUCCGCCUCCGCCUCCGCCUCCUCCGCUGCCCCCUCGUCUGCUGCUACCGAGAGCGGCGCCACGUCGGCCCCUACCGCCGUCACUCCCCCUUCCUCUGAGACUUCUGCCCCCGCCUCCGGCGGCAACUCCACCAGCUCUGUCCCUCCCCCUGCCGUCACCGCCGGCGCCUCCUUCCUGGCCCCCGCCGGUGCCCUCGUCAUGGCUGUUGCCGCCGCUCUGUUGUAA